GUUACAAAAAGAGUAUAUACAUCGACGUGCACAAACGCUCCAAAUUUAUACUUACAUUGUCGAUUUUUUUCUUUACCAAAUUGCACAAACGAGAAAGCAGAAUGAAAGCGCCGAGGAGGCCGAUCCACGCCGUAUCAACAUGGGUUCGACGGCAACCGCCAAAGGUGAAGGCUUUUCUGGCGGUGGUCGCCGGCAUGGCGGCGUUAGUGCUGCUACGCGCCAUUGUCCACGAUCACGACAACCUUUUCGUGGCUGCCGAAGCUGUUCACGCCAUCGGAAUCUCCGUUCUUAUCUAUAAGCUCACGAAAGAAAAAACUUGUGCUGGGCUUUCACUCAAAUCCCAGGAGCUCACUGCUAUGUUUUUGGCGGUCAGAUUGUAUUGUAGUUUCGUAAUGGAAUAUGAUAUACACACCUUACUUGAUUUAGCUACAUUGGCUACAACCUUGUGGGUUAUCUAUAUGAUCCGUUUUAAUCUUAAAUCAAGUUACAUGGAGGACAAAGACAAUUGUGCAAUUUAUUAUGUGGCGAUCCCUUGUGCUGCCUUAGCCCUACUGAUUCACCCAUCAACAUCACAUCAUUUCAUCAACAGAAUCUUCUGGGCUUUCUGUGUUUACUUGGAAGCAGUUUCCGUGCUACCUCAACUUCGUGUCAUGCAAAACACUAAGAUAGUUGAACCAUUCACAGCUCAUUAUGUAUUUGCAUUGGGUAUUGCAAGGUUCUUAAGCUGCGCUCAUUGGGUUCUCCAGGUUUUGGACAGUCGUGGCCAUCUGCUAGUAGCAUUGGGUCACGGUCUAUGGCCUUCUAUGGUUCUUAUAUCUGAAAUUGUUCAAACCUUCAUCUUAGCAGACUUCUGUUACUACUAUGUUAAAAGUGUUUUCGGAGGACAGCUGGUUUUGCGCCUUCCUUCUGGGGUCGUGUAACUGACGUUUGUGCUAAGUGACGGACAAGGUUCUCGUCCCCUUCUUGCCUUGCAUUUGCCUUUUCUUCUUUUUUUGUAUCUACGCAGACCAACUUGGUCUAGGUUCUCCGGUGGCAAGACCAAGACUGGAUGUUAUGUAAAGCUAGCCCUUUCUAAAUGUAGUAGUUGAUUUUCUGGCAAUCAUAGUUAAAAUUUUUCUGUGAGCUCUAAUUUUACAGCUUCAGAAAGGUACACUUGUAGUUCUCAUGAAUUAAAUUGAAUGAUUAAUGAUGCUGAUUUUGACAUAA